GGACGUCGCAAGCAUCUAUCAAUUAACAAUAGUAUAUAAUUACAAUGAGAAUAUUAGAGAAAACAAUGGUUGUCCUAGAAUUAAAUCCCAUUAAAAAAUAAACAAGGAAAUGAGACCCAAAUAGUAGACUUGGAUCCGAAUGUGAUUCUGUUCAACUUUUUUUUGUGAUUGUUGGUCCACUAAUCAGCACAGGAAUCCACACUUUCAUGGUUGACACACUACAUUCCACAAACUCAAGUUGUAGUAUAUAAAACUAAGGUGAGCCUUAUGCAAAACAACCACUUUGUUCUAAUAAAGAAACUGAAACUAGUCCCCAGCGGAGGGACUUCUCAAAUCAUGAUGAUCAGCUCAGGUUGUACCGCUGGUGGAUGCGUAGAUGCCGAAUCGCCGGUGAUCAGGGCCAGCGCGACGCCGAAGGCGGAUAAGCUACUUCAGUGGGCAGAAUCUGAUAGAGAAUUCCUGCGGAUGCUAUGCCAGAACAGAGAUUCUUCCUUGGUCGACGGCUCUGGCAGUAGUAGUAGUACUACUCCUUGGUCGGCCUCCGCAACGCCUGAAAGGGUACGACACGACGAAGCGAACGUCGGGAGACAGAAGUAUCUGAGGAGUUAUAAGUUUACGAGGAAAGAAGAACAACUCACUGUUGGUCGGAGGGUUAUGAGCCAGUGGGAACGACUCAAGUCACGGACCAACCGGAUCCGGUUGAUAACACCUAAUUCAUCUCACCAUCAACGUGCGUUUUCGCGCUCUAAUUAUAAUGGUCAUUGUCCUACCCUUGGUCACGUCUUAGGCUUCUUUCUUUUCUGCUCUCCUUGCCUAAAGGCUAAACAAUGUCUAAUUGAUUGAGGUGAUGCUUUCAUACAUGUUUAAUCAUUUCAACUGUUGCAUCAUUUUGCUAUGGAAGUCUAUGUAUGGUAGAACGGGAACAUGACAUUUUCAUUACCAUAUUUGAUGGAUGAAAAACUAGUAACUCGUGUUAAAGCCAGGUAAUUAAUUAAAAGUAACUAUCACUAUCGUCCAUAUAUAAUGGAUAUCAUUAUUGUGCUAUAUGCGGAAAAAAUAAUUAUUUUUUUUCUUUUCUUUUUUGUGAACCGAAGAGGUAAAAGAAAGCUUAAAAUUCACAAGGCAGUAGCUACAUAAUGGCUUGAAACCCACAUAUCUAGCCCAAGAACAAUAGAUUUACGAAUCAUUAGCAUCUAAAACCUAUGAAGGCCAUACAGAUUUAUGUCAAGCCGAUGAAUGAGCCCAAGGUCUCUCUAUUAGUUUGUUCAUUUGCUGUUCUAACUUCUAUUUCUCAAACGGCUUUUUUUUUUUUUUUUGGGUUCCCAUAGAACUUCUUUUUUUGUUUGUUUGUUUAGUGCUUCUUAACAUUUUCUUUUAUUUGUAACAAUUUGAGGAGAACAAUAUACUGAUGUCGUACCAUUUCUGUGUAGAUCGCUUAAUUUACUUGUCUUGAUUGCAAAAAUAAAAUAAAAUUGAUAAAUUAAUAAGAUAAUAAAUUUUCAGAAAAUUUCUAUACAAAUAAAGGUCCCCUAAAAAUCAUUAAUUAAUAAUGAUCUAAAAUAAUAAAGAAAAAUAAGAAGGUUUAAGGAAGUAAUGGCUAUUGAGUUUUAUUUUUUCUUGAAAUUUACAUUUAAGAAAAUUUUAUAUUUGGUUAUCCCUACGAGCAGUAAAUAAAAAUGAUAUGAUCAUAAUACAUGAGGAAGCGGGAUUGAAAUUGAGUAUUUGUUUCCUAAUAGAAUUGAAAAAAAAAAACCUUUAAAUUAAUAAAAUAUGAUAUUUUGAUAAAUUAAUAAUUAAUAAUUUAUCAAUAAAUUAUAACCUCCAUAAAAUACUUCCUCCAUUCCAUAAUUAUUGUCCAGUUUGACUAGAAUGUAAGAUUUUAUUUUUUGUCAAACUUAAAUAUAUUUUAGCUUAAAAAACCAGAUAUACCCCUACAUAAGUUAACCACCACCACCACGAAGUUGGUGUUUCACCGAGAUUGAGCCCGGCGGCGUCUGAAGCUACUAUUGUAAAGGAAAGCACAAAUCCGUUGAAGUAAACAGCUCCGUACAUCAAGACAUGUCCUUGGACCAUCCAAUGACAUCCAUGUCGUGAAUCUACCCCAGCACAUCGGUUGAAAAAUUGGUGGCGGGCGGCGGAGUCAAAUAUUCUUGGUGGCUUUCAAUCGAAGGAGUUUUAAUUGAUCUACACCGGUAUCACUAUUUGAUUGACAGAUCAGUGGCUGGUGGCGGAAUCAUUCUCGGCGGCUUUCAACAUCGAGAAGUUGUUAUUGAUUCUCUUUCCAAAAGCAACAAUUGAAACAAGACCCUUGGCUAUUAAAACUCAAAAGUAACCUUACUUCUAAUUGAUUCUCUUAUUGAUUCCUUUCCCUCAAUUGAGUAUAUCAUUUUUCGAUUCUGAACAUUCAUUUACAAUUGAAAAAUGAGAUUAGGUUUUGUUAGCUCCGGUGCACAGUUCCUCCGGGUAACUUAUGAAGGAGUUCUGAUGCACGGUUGAAAGCUCCGAUUCUAUUGAAAUGAUGUUUUUUUACUAAGGGUAAAUGUGU